ACCUUCUCUCGAGUAGGCCAAUUAAAAUUUAAAAAAUUUCACUUUUCGAUACGUCUGCCGCUUAAUAUGUGUGCUUGUUGAAAUUCUCAGUCAAAAUUAUGGAAUCUCGAUUUUCUAUCAAUUCAAAAAAUGCAGAAAAAGCGAGCGCAUCCAGUAGCACCGGAGUCUCAUCGACAUCAGCAUUCGGGCAAACACUUUCGAUCAUAGAACCUGCUUCAUCCCAUUCCAGUGCCAUAAGCCAUCAGGGAAGCUUACUUGAGAAGGAGGGCUAUAGAACAUCAGAUGCCAUUGAUAAUACAAAUGAUGUGACAGUAAUAACGGCCAGAUCAUCAGAAACCGGUGGUGUCGUCACUAUCAAAAUAAUGACAAAAGUCGGAAAUUCAGGCUUUUGCAGGAAGAAAGGCUUCUAUCAAGAAAUUGAAAUGAUGAGGCAACUGAAUCAUCCCAAUCUGAUUAAGUACUACCGGAGCAUCGAGACCCCAAACCGAUACUACAUUGUCAUGGAGUGUGCACAGAAUGGAUCACUUUCGGACUUGAUUCGAGAAAAAGGAUGUCUCACCGAACCGGGGGCGAGAAGUAUUUAUCGUCAAUUAGCCAGUGUAUUGUCGUAUUGUAAUUCUCGUGGUUGCAUUCAUCAUGACAUCAAAAGCGGAAACAUUUUAUUUGAUGCUAACAGUGUUCUGAAAAUCAGUAUCUUCGGAUACUCGUACAGGAAUAUGAUAAAUCAUUGUGUUGUUGUGGAUACGGAUUGCGAGAGCAGCAGCCUCACUGAACCUGACUACGCCGAUAUUUUUGGCAGUGGGAUUGUGUUGUUUGAAAUGGUUUUUGGAAAAUUACCCAAAGGUUAUGAUAUUGUUUCGUUGAAACAUUCAUUACGACGUGUUCACUUCCCCGAUGAACCGGCUGUGGAUUCAGAGUGCAAAUCGUUGAUUUCGAGGAUUCUUGUACCACAACACGGCAAUAGGAUUUCUUGGAAUGAUAUAGCAGAUACAGAUUGGAUGCUGCGGCAAGACAUACGUAAAGUUGAGAAUUGAAGAAAAUCCAUUCCGAUUAUCCAAGAAGUAAAUUUGAAGAUUCUAAAACUUUUUUCGAUUGAACCUUAUAAUUGGCAUAAGUAAGGCAUCGUCCAAAAAGGACGUCACGCUUUUUUUCGAUUUUUUUGAGGUGGGUCCAUCCUAUGUCACAACAUGUCCGCUUUCUGAUUUUCGGGGUCCAUCCCCCAAAGCGGACGUCCGUAUAAGG